UGACGUAAUGAGUCAUAGGUCAGACAGGUUACUGGAGGUCAUCUUUCUGCUUUCUCCUAAAACUUUCACUUCCGUGUUUUAUACAAUUUUGUGUUAUCCUUCUGAUUUGUGUGUUUCUUGAGUUUUGUAGGUCGACAUGGCGUUUGAAAACUUGCGGAAAUAUUGGCCGACGUACAGUUUUGCCCAGCCCUUCAAUGCCAUGAUGCUCCUGGCUGCCAUUGUGGCUUCCUUCCUGUUCUUCCCAGGACAGGGUACAGGUGAUGGGGGGUCCAGCGGUACACUGCUCAAGUUUCUACACCUGUUCAGUGUCUGUACUCACUUUGGUACCCAGACAUGGGUUACCUUUGUGGCAGGUCUGACUAUGUUCCACAACCUCCCCCGUCACACCUUCGGUCACAUCCAGGGUCACCUGUUCCCCAAGUACUUCACCAUGGGGAGUGUCCUCGGCCUGGUCGCCAUGGUGACAUACAUGUACGAACAUCGCCAUGGAGACAUGACAACCCACCAGAAGAUUGAGAUCGGAGUCCUGGUUUCUGUCUUUGUGUCAGCCUUGCUGAACGCUGCUCUGAUUGGUCCAACCAGUCUGGAGCUCAUGACUCAGCAGUACAUGAUCGAGAAGGAGCACGGUCACGGCGAUGAGAUCGGCACGCACCCCAGCGGCAAGAUCCGACAGGACCCCAAGUACCAGAAAGUGCGGAGGCAGUUCCUGCAGUACCACGCCAUCUCCUCCCUGGUCAACAUGGUGGCACUGGUGGGCAAUGGGAUCCAUGUGUACUACCUGGCCUGUCAGCUGGCUGGGAUAUAGGAUGGCAAAGUCCUGAACACAUCCUUAACAAAGGCCUGGGGAGCUAGGCUAUACAUAAACUGCCUUCUUCUUCUGACUCCUUUCAAAUUGAUAUUCAGCAGUUUGAUUUGCUUACAUAUGCUUUGAAUUGCUGUUGUUGCUAUUCCGUUUGGCAGUGUAGUAGAAGGCAGUUUGUGUUGGACACAUGGCUUUGUCCACAAGAUGUCUGUGCUUGUGACAGAAUACAAUAAAACAUAUAUGUGCGUAGUGAGCUGGUUUUGCUGUUCUAAAAUUGGGUCUGCUACUGGAGUCAGUAUAUCGAUCUAACUAUCGUAAACAUAUUUUCUGAGCUUUCAUAGACGUAUUAUGUAAUUUUUCAAUUCUUUUUAAUGAAAAUUGAUGAGCAACAUAAUUGACAUGCUGGGACCCAUUUAUAGCAAGUGUGAUGAGUUUGUGGUCCGUAGUUAAAUGACAAAAAAUACAAACUCAGAAAUAUAAGAAGACUUCAAUAUUUACAGCACAACAAUUGUACAUGUACUUAGUAAUGAGAUCAUGGAUCACAAUUCCAUAAUGUUAUCAAUAAUAUUGGAUAUAUCUAAUCCAUAAGUUGACAUUUUGAUUGAUAGAAGUAACAUUCCACUAAACUGAAUCAUGACAAAAGGGAAUUGAAAGUAGAAGAGAUUGAUACAUUUCAUGUUGAAUUGAAUACUUUAUUAUUGCUUAAUAAAUCACAAUAUCGUUG